AUGAGUCCUCGUAGCCGAUUACCUACGACUGCGACGCAUAGGCUACGCCAAGAUUAUCUUCGAUUGAAGAAAGAUCCUGUGCCCUAUAUCGAAGCCACGCCGUUGUCGUCGAAUAUUUUAGAAUGGCAUUAUGUCGUGAUCGGCCCUGAAGGAUCUCCGUAUGAAGACGGUUAUUACCAUGGGAAAUUGGUAUUUUCUCGUGAUUAUCCAUUUAAACCACCUAGUAUCUAUAUGAUAACGCCAAAUGGUCGAUUUAAAUGUAAUACGAGAUUAUGCCUUUCAAUAAGCGACUUUCAUCCUGACACUUGGAAUCCUGCGUGGUCAGUGUCAACCAUUCUAACUGGUUUACUUAGUUUUAUGUUAGAAAAGACGUCAACACUUGGUAGCAUAGAAACGGCUGAUUUUACAAAACGUCGAUUAGCCUGGGAGAGUUUGCAAUACAAUUUGAAUGAUGCAAUAUUUCGGGAAUGCUUCCCAGAUAUCGUCGAGGUAAUUUCACUACCAAGAAAAAAGAUUCUUUACAUAAGAGUGUUAUAUAAGUUGACAAUUGAAAAAUUUUCCCUUUCUCAUUUUAUUGACGUAGAGAAUACAAAAAGUUUUGGAUAA